GCCCUUCCGAAGGGGGGGGUUCGGGAAUGGGUACCUCUUUGUUGUCGUUUUCAGUGAUCAAAUGGUUCUCUUCUUGUAUAAACACUUCGCCAAUGCUUAUUUCCAAGCUCGUUUUGCUUUUCUGCUUCGUUAUUUUAUUUCAGACUGAAGUUAUUUUGGGCGAUUCAGAUAAAUCGGUGCUUCUUCAGUUCAAAAAUGCUGUUUCUGAUCCAUCGGGGUUGCUUGCGAGUUGGACUGCGAGUGGGUCUGAUUGCUGUUUCUGGUUUGGCGUUUCUUGCGACUUGAAUUCUCGGGUUGUGUCACUCAACAUUUCCGGGAAUGGCGGUGUAGGUCAUUUGUGCUCUGAUUCUUCUAAAUUUCCUCUUUAUGGGCUUGGAAUUAGGAGGAGUUGUAUGGGUUUUAGAGGCUCACUGAUUGGGAAGAUUCCGCCGGUGAUCGGGAAGCUCACCGAGCUUAGGUCCUUGUCGCUUCCGUUUAAUGGUUUUGAAGGCGAAAUUCCUCCUGAAAUUUUUGGAUUGGAGAACCUUGAGGUUCUUGAUCUGGAAGGAAACUCUGUAACUGGGGUGCUUCCUGAUGGUUUCCAUAGACUGGGCAAGUUGCGGGUUCUUAAUCUUGGAUUCAAUAGGCUUACUGGUGAGAUUCCUAGCUCGCUUUCGGGUUGUGCGAGUUUAGAGAUCUUGAAUUUAGCUGGAAAUCGAUUGAAUGGGAUAAUUCCACGGUUUGUUGGUCGAUUGAGAGGGCUCUACUUGUCUUUUAAUCUUUUUUCAGGAACCAUUCCGAGUGAGCUUGGAAAUAACUGUGGAAAGCUUGAGCAUCUCGACCUCUCUGGUAAUUAUUUGGUCAGUGGGAUUCCAAGCAAUUUGGGAAAUUGCAAUCAGUUGAAGACACUGUUGCUGUAUUCUAAUACGUUGGAGGAGGCCAUUCCAGCUGACAUUGCUAAGUUACAGAAACUAGAAGUGCUUGAUCUUUCAAGGAAUAGCCUCAGUGGUCCGAUACCGUCUCAGCUGGGAAACUGCCUGCAGUUGUCUGUCCUUGUGCUCUCGAAUCUCUUCGAUCCAAAGAUCAAUUACACAGACGAAGACGAACUUAGUGAUGAUGGUUUUAACUAUUUUGCAGGUGGUAUACCUGAGUCUAUAACAACCCUUCCAAAGCUGAAGAUACUGUGGGCUCCUAAUUCAAACCUCGAAGGCAGAUUCCCUUCCAAAUGGGGUAAGUGUGAAAGCUUGGAGAUGAUUAACUUAGCUGGUAAUUACCUUUAUGGGGAGCUUCCUAGUGAGCUUAGCGUCUGCAAAAAGCUCCUAGUCCUUGAUUUAAGCUCCAACCGGCUUUCUGGUGAGCUUGAUAAAAACCUUCCAGUUCCUUAUAUGUCUCUGUUUGAUCUUAGUGGUAACCACUUUAUUGGAGACAUUCCUGUGUUCUGUGGCAAUGAUAGCUCGCCAAGCUCGCCACCGAUGUUCUUUUCAAGGGGAUAUUUGGAUCUUGAUGAUCCAUCGUCUCGAUACCUUGCAUUUUUUACCACUAGUAUUCGAGGUGCAACCCCUUUUGAAUUUCUUGGAGAUGAUGACCUGAUAGUACAUAACUUAGGGGAGAAUAACUUUACAGGAAAUCUUCUGUCGUUUCCGAUUCCACGUGAAAGACUGGGUAAGAAAACUGUUUAUGCUUAUCUUGUGGGUGGAAAUAAGCUCACCGGGCCAUUCCCUGAUAGUAUAUUUGAGAAAUGUGAGGAUAUGGGAGGACUGAUCUUCAAUGUUAGCAAUAACAAGAUAUCUGGUCCAUUUUCUAAGUCAAUUGGUAAAAACUGUGGUUCUCUCAAGUUCUUGGAUGCAUCUGGUAAUCAGAUGACUGGCGAGGUACCUCCCAGCUUUGGAGAUCUAUUAGCUCUGAAUCACCUGAACCUGAGUUGGAACAAGUUUCAGUAUCACAUACCGGCCUCUCUCGGACAGAUGGCUGGUUUAAAGUACCUUUGUUUGGCUGGCAAUAGCUUUAAUGGUUCUAUACCCUCGACCUUCGGAAAGUUGCAGGCUUUGGAGUUGCUUGAUCUUUCGUAUAACGAUUUUUCGGGUGGAAUUCCAGUCGAUCUUGUUAAAUUGAGAGGCCUAAAAGUUCUGCUGCUCAACAAUAAUUCACUCUCUGGACAGGUUCCCUCCGGUUUGGCAAAUGUUACUACACUCUCUGCAUUUAAUGUGUCAUUCAAUAACUUGUCUGGUUCCUUGCCAUCGAACAACAUGAUUAAAUGUAGUGGUGCGAUUGGAAACCCGUACCUACGCUCGUGCCAUAUGUUUUCACUGGCAGUGCCAUCGUCUGAAAUGCGAGGUUCAGUUGGCGACCCAAGUAGUCUUGCAGCUUCACCGUCUGAUGUUGUACCGCAGACCGGUGGAGGUGGCAGCUUCAAUUCAAUUGAGAUAGCAUCCAUUACAUCUGCCUCCGCCAUUGUUUCUGUUCUUAUUGCUUUGAUUAUCCUGUUUCUAUAUACCCGAAAGUGGAAUUCGAGGUCUAAAGUUAUUGGAUCAAUGAGAAGGGAAGUCACGGUUUUUACUGAUAUUGGGGUUUCUUUGACAUUUGAGAAUGUCGUGCGUGCCACGAAUAAUUUUAAUACCAGUAACUGCAUUGGCAGUGGAGGGUUUGGGGCAACUUACAAAGCAGAGAUUGCAUCGGGAGUGCUACUUGCAAUAAAACGCCUCGCUGUUGGUCGAUUUCAAGGCGUCCAACAGUUCGAUGCAGAGAUUAAAACUCUUGGAAGGCUGCGCCACCCGAACCUCGUCACCUUAAUUGGUUACCAUGCCAGUGAAACAGAGAUGUUCUUGAUAUAUAAUUAUUUGCCAGGAGGUAAUUUGGAAAAGUUCAUCCAGGAGAGAUCUACAAGAGCAGUGGAUUGGAGAAUUCUUCACAAGAUUGCACUGGACAUAGCCCGUGCGCUUGCAUAUCUUCAUGAUCAGUGUGUACCACGAGUCCUCCACCGCGACGUGAAACCGAGCAAUAUACUAUUAGACGAUGAUUUCAAUGCUUAUCUCUCUGAUUUCGGAUUGGCCAGGCUUCUUGGGACUUCUGAAACCCAUGCUACAACAGGUGUGGCUGGAACAUUUGGCUACGUCGCUCCCGAAUAUGCCAUGACUUGCCGUGUCUCUGAUAAAGCAGACGUGUACAGUUACGGUGUGGUGCUUCUCGAGCUACUCUCGGACAAGAAAGCACUAGAUCCCUCGUUUUCCUCGUACGGUAAUGGCUUUAACAUUGUAGCUUGGGCAUGUAUGCUGCUUCCACAGGGACGCGCCAAGGAAUUCUUCACAUCAGGGUUAUGGGAGGGAGGCCCCCAUGAUGAUCUGGUUGACGUAUUACACUUAGCAGUUGUGUGUACAGUAGAUUCUCUGUCGACGAGGCCGACGAUGAAGCAGGUGGUACGGCGGCUUAAGCAGCUUCAACCGCCAUCAUGUUAGCAGGCAGGGUGAUACAGCCAUUUAUUGACAUAGUUAAUUGUUAGAAGAUUAGAGAGAGGCAGCUUGUAAUUUGUAUUCUGUUCGUAUGAUGACUGCAAAAGCACUGCCCCUUGUCUUAUAGGUUGGUUUGUUGAGUUCCAAAUUUGUAGUUAAAAAUUUCUCUUGUAAAUUCCAUUAUUUUCCUUUUCUUUUUUCUAUAAACAAACAAGAAUGUUGGUUUGUGGAUAAGGGAGGGAUCUGUUUGAUGAUUCUGCAGAAAAGGAACAAAAAUGUGCAGAUAUCUUCCAUCU